AUGUACUGGCUGGGAGCGCUCUCCUUCGCAGUUGCCGUUGAUGCACAAGGCUUUUCGAGCACCAUGCUGCGCUUUGGCUGCUCGCAAGCAGUCAUUGACCGUAUUGAUCCACUCGUCGAGCCGGGCAUGCUCCCCUCUUCACAUGUCCAUCAGGUCGUUGGCGGCAACGCUUUCAACGUAACCAUGGCCUCCGGUCCCAACGCCGACAUCUCCAAACUGGCCACCUGCACCUCCUGCACCUUCUCGGAGGACUUCUCCAACUACUGGACAGCCAACGUCUACUUCAAGGCGCGCAACGGCACCUACAAGCGCGUUCCCCAGAUGGUCAACGACCAGAUCGGUGCUGCCAACGCCGGCAUAACGGUGUACUACACCGCGCCCGGCCCCAAGACCGUCACAGCCUUCAAGCCUGGCUUCCGAAUGUUUUCCGGCGACCCCAACCGCCGCAAGUCCGCCGGCUUCGGCAAGAACAUGCAAUCCUGCUAUCGAUGCUACACGGGCGCCAACUUUGGCGGCAACACUUAUUCCCCUUGCAUGGACCCGCAGCGCGACACGGAGACGUUCCCCAAGCAGCCCUGCCCGGGCGGCAUUCGGUCAAGCGUCAUCUUUCCUAUCUGCUGGGACGGCAAGAACUUGGACUCCCCGUCGCAUACGGAACACAUUGCCCAUCCCGCCUCCGGCCCUGCUUCCUUCGCUGUCGUAGACGCCAAGUGCCCUUCCACCCACCCGGUCAAGAUCCCACAGGUGCACUACGAAGUAGUCUGGGACACUCGGCAGUUCAACAACAAGGUUGAUUGGCCUACAGAUGGCAGCCAGCCGUUCGUGUUGAGCAAUGGAGAUAACACCGGGUAUGGACAACAUGGCGAUUAUGUGUUUGGAUGGCAAGGGGAUCGACUGCAGCAUGCGAUGGAUAACAAGUGCUUCGGACCGUCGUGCACCGGAUUGAAGACGCAGGCGUUUGAUAAGGCGAAUAAGUGCACGGUGAAGAGCGUUGUGAAUGAGAAUACGGAUGGGUGGUUGAAGGAGUUGCCGGGGAUGGCGGGGCAUCCGAUGAAGAAGUAG